CUGUCAAUAUUCACUUGACGUCGUUGAAGCAGCGAAAAAAUUGGUAAUCAAUCUCAUCAAAUCAAAAGCAAGAGAGUUGCGAUACUAUUCGGUAAAUAAGUGGAGAAACCCCUCGCAAAGGGUUUCCAUCUAACUCUGUGGGUUUUUCCGUUGCAUCGAUCCACUUGCUAGUCGGACGACGUGCUCUCUUCCCUAAACAUUCCUAAACGGCCGAACCAUUCACGAUGAUUCGCUUCAUACUGAUACAGAACCGUGCGGGCAAGACGCGGCUCGCGAAAUGGUACAUGAACUUUGACGACGACGAAAAGCAGAAGCUGAUCGAGGAGGUGCACGCCGUGGUGACGGUGCGAGACGCCAAGCACACCAACUUUGUCGAGUUCCGGAACUUCAAGAUCGUGUACCGCCGGUACGCGGGGCUGUACUUCUGCAUCUGCGUCGACGUAAACGACAACAACCUGUGCUACCUGGAGGCGAUCCACAACUUUGUCGAGGUGCUGAACGAGUACUUCCACAACGUGUGCGAGCUCGACCUGGUGUUUAACUUCUACAAGGUGUACACGGUGGUGGACGAGAUGUUCCUGGCGGGCGAGAUACGGGAAACGUCCCAGACGAAGGUCCUCAAACAGCUGCUGACGCUGAACUCGCUAGAGUAAGCCACGCCACAUCAUUUGUUAUUUUUCGCCUGCUGUUUUUCCUCCUCCUUUCUUUCGCUGGCCCUCGUAGCCGGUUAAACUAUUCGCACUUUACUGCCGAUACACGUGUGUGUAGAAGACGACGGAAGACGCGCACAGCAUUCCAAAAAGAAAGAGUAGCGCAAGUUGUUUAGUAGAGCUCGCCUGCUCGGAAACGUAUUUGAGUUGUUGAACAACAAUGUAGUGCAGCAGCAGUAGUAGUAGUAGUGGUAAAGCCAUAUUUUGGGGAUUUCGAAACCGAUCCCGGGACCCAUCUCCCAUAUUAGCUUGACGGAGAGUGUCAGCGUUUAUGUUGUAUCACGUUUUCGUAUCGAACCAUUUCGAGCACGUUUACCAUUUAAGCUUCUCACCGGACCUGUAUGAUAUGAAAGCGCUAACAACGCAUGCUUCCGCACUAAUCGGAGACAAGCAGACGAACAUUACAUUCAAAUCACCCCCAAUUUGCCCCAACGUUUGCGCUGAAAAGAAGUCGUGACGUCGUUUUGGUUUCGAUCACUGCACUCUACCCCCGUACACUACGGACGAUGCGGCCGUGUUGAGUGUUGGCAAAAUAUUUCUAGUAAACGUGCAACGAACCACACACAUACACACACUCCGUGCGUGGUGGGUGUUAAAUAAUUCUGCACGAAGCUCACCAAAACGCGAAAGGUUAAAUUAAUCGAAACAAACACAAAAGAAAAGAAAACAAAACAAUACACUAUUAAAUAUGUAAUGAAAGGUAAGGCAAAUAUUAUUAUAGUAUAAUAUAAACUAUUACGAUAUAUUAACGAAAAUGAUCUGUAUUUGCGUAGUAAUCGAAUAAACAGAGUAAAGAGCAAAUCCGUUGGACAA